AUCUUGUUGCGCUAUGAGGUCAGAACUUUGGUUAGGAGCAUGCGCGUAUCCGUUGGGUAUAUCUGAAGAUGACGUGUGGUUCUUUGGCAGGGAAACAGAUACCAAAAUUUUACAUCGUGAAGGAAGGUUGUCACGAAUAUCAUGGCUCCGUCACAUUCCAGAUUGGCAUUCCGAAAUUUGACCUCUUCCUGGUCCAGACAGAAAUUAAGAGCUCAUAACGAACUCAACUGGAGAAUGGUCAGGACAGUUGCCGAUUUUACACAACAGUUAUCGUCCAUUCACGAACAACACGCUGAAGAACUGCAACUUUUGGUUGAAACGUUCAGGAAGAGAAAUGCGGAAUUACGAAGAGAAAGACCUUCUUAUCAAAGUGGUCUCUUUACGAUCUGGGAAGUGCUCCUUCAAGAAGUCGAGAUCGAUUCUCAGGUAAGAUUUAGAAACAGUAGCGAAUAUUUUUAUGAAAACAGUAUGAUGUUACUGGAAAAGACUUUCCACAGAAAAAUUCAAUCUAGGAAAAUUUUUCUACAUAGAGAAAGCUUUGAAACGAUUUUAAAUAAAGCAGAAGAAUUGCUUAAAAAGUGCCACCAAGAUUAUAGUGAUGCAUACAAGAAAUUACUUAGUUCCAGAAAUCAUGCUCAACUAGCUGAAUACUACGACAUGCAUAAUGCAUACGUCCAACAAUUAAGAGCUGCAAAUGGGAUGCUAGAAUAUUAUCACGCGCAAAUAUUACCGAAAUUACUAGAAGAAUUAGAGCAUGUAUACCUGGACCUUAGCGAUACUGUAGCUGGUUCUAUGGUGGCCGCUGCCGAAAUGUUGGCAAGCAAGGCAAGAGAACAAGGGAACCAUUACGAUAAUCUGUGUUCGGCAUGUAGAAAUGUUAACAGUAAAACGGAUUUAGUCAAUUUUAUAAAAACACUCAACCUAGAAAAGGCGACGGCACCUCUAAAAACCCAUUUAUUUAUGGCACCGAGAGCCGAAAACGAAUCUGGACAAGUGACACCCGAUCCCAUGUUAAUGUUAAGAAACGAAUUGGUAGUUGAGAGAAUCGCCCAUUUGUCACUGCCUAAUCGUUCACAAAGCUUGAGACAAGAUGUUUCCAACUUGGAAUCGCAAAUUAGACAAUUGCAAGAAGCAGUAGACUCGCUGACUAGACUGCAACAGAGGAGCUUAGAAUCGAAUUUAUAUAACAAAUCAAAUGAAUUACAAGAAGAUAUUAGUAUGAAACGUUUCGAUCUUCAAGUAGCAAACAUUCAUUUAGCUGCUGUUAGAGCUCAGUUGGAAUUGGUUGCUUCAAAAGAAGGGAACCAUUCUGAUGAAAACCAACACAAUCGAGAUAGAAAAACCUCGACAAGUAGCACAGCCGGUAUGAAGAAUAAAUGGUUAAAAGCUUUCCGAAGCCUCAAGACUGGUAGCAUCAAUAUGCCAGAAAAGAACGAUUUGGGGGAUAAGAAAAACGGUAAAGGACCUACUAGGCCUCAGUCAGCUACACCAUCACCUCUUGAUACUGGUCAACAUAUCUUUCAAGAAUACACAUACAAAAAAAUUACACCUUGUGAUUAUUGUAGUCAAAUUCUACGAGGACACGUCCGUCAAGGUUUGAAAUGUAAGAUGUGUAAAAUGAACGUACAUGCUGACUGUCAAGACAAAGUUAGCAAAUGCCAGCCAAAACCACGUCUUUUGAGAAGACAAAAGUCCACGUCUGAGAUCGAAACGAAAAUGUUGGCAACAGAACCCGAAGAAGAUAAACAAGACGUAGAUCCCAUCUACCAACUAUUGAAGCAAGCGGGUGACAUCAGCGGUAGACGUAAUGAUAAAGAUGGGAGUAGCCAAGGUGGGGUUGGAGGAAGUAUAAAUUCCAGCCUGACAUCCCUCCACCAACGAUGGCCACGCUCCAAUGCCUCAUCUUCGGCUUCCUCAUCUUCCUCUCAUCUACUUACAGUAUCCUCUGCCCAUCACGAGCACAUGUCAUCCUCGGGUGAGCCUUCAAAUAAUAAAUAUGAAUGUCAGGAACAACUUGAAGGGUGCUAUGUAGUGAUUACUGGAAGGACAAUUGGUUCAAAAUUCACAAUUACUGUCAUUGACACGAGUGAUCCAGAUUGGUGGCAGGGAAAAUGUUUAGGAAAAGUUGGAUACUUCCCCUCAAAUUAUGUUACAAAACUCCAUCCUGGGGAACAUCCAUUGCAAGUCACUCACACCGUUCAAGUCACUGAUGGAGAAAACGGGGUGAAGUUGCUUAGAGAUCAGCCAAAACCACGUCUUUUGAGAAGACAAAAGUCCACGUCUGAGAUCGAAACGAAAAUGUUGGCAACAGAACCCGAAGAAGAUAAACAAGACGUAGAUCCCAUCUACCAACUAUUGAAGCAAGCGGGUGACAUCAGCGGUAGACGUAAUGAUAAAGAUGGGAGUAGCCAAGGUGGGGUUGGAGGAAGUAUAAAUUCCAGCCUGACAUCCCUCCACCAACGAUGGCCACGCUCCAAUGCCUCAUCUUCGGCUUCCUCAUCUUCCUCUCAUCUACUUACAGUAUCCUCUGCCCAUCACGAGCACAUGUCAUCCUCGGCUCCUCACAGUCCCCGCCGUCAAAAGCUGUCACUUCGUAUGAAGAGCUUCUCUCUGGAUAGUCCCGAAUCCAGUGAACACGUUCAUAGAAGACAUCACAUGGGUCAAUCCUCAUCACACUGCAGCUCCCAUAGCCAAUCUCCACAAAGUCCACAGGGUCGAAGACAAUUACUGAGUGCCAAGACAGUGAGAAUGAGUUCUGUAGACCUUCCUGAUGAUAAUGAAAAAUCCCUGAGUAGUGCCUCCACGUCCCCUUGUCCAUCACCCAAACCUCAUCGCCUGCUACCGACCAACCUCUACGUCGUCCUCUACAAUUUCCGUAGCAGACACGCUGAUGAAUUGGAUUUGAAAGCUGGAUACACAAUUACUGUCAUUGACACGAGUGAUCCAGAUUGGUGGCAGGGAAAAUGUUUAGGAAAAGUUGGAUACUUCCCCUCAAAUUAUGUUACAAAACUCCAUCCUGGGGAACAUCCAUUGCAAGUCACUCACACCGUUCAAGUCACUGAUGGAGAAAACGGGGUGAAGUUGCUUAGAGAUCAGAUUGUUAUCCAAGUUGGUGAAGAGAUCGAAGGAAUGGUCACAAUCAGAACAGGAACAACGGAAAAAAUCUUUACUUGUCCAUUAAAAUAUCUGCAAGACUUACAGAAACCUCAUCGCCUGCUACCGACCAACCUCUACGUCGUCCUCUACAAUUUCCGUAGCAGACACGCUGAUGAAUUGGAUUUGAAAGCUGGAUACACAAUUACUGUCAUUGACACGAGUGAUCCAGAUUGGUGGCAGGGAAAAUGUUUAGGAAAAGUUGGAUACUUCCCCUCAAAUUAUGUUACAAAACUCCAUCCUGGGGAACAUCCAUUGCAAGUCACUCACACCGUUCAAGUCACUGAUGGAGAAAACGGGGUGAAGUUGCUUAGAGAUCAGAUUGUUAUCCAAGUUGGUGAAGAGAUCGAAGGAAUGGUCACAAUCAGAACAGGAACAACGGAAAAAAUCUUUACUUGUCCAUUAAAAUAUCUGCAAGACGUCUGAAAGCUCCCACUUAUAAUAGAAUUGGUGUUGUCUACCCUAUUUUGUUUUUCUUCUGUCGUUCUUUGUUAAGAUCUGAGGUCUUAAACAAAGGCGCGUGGCUUUUGGCCCAUUGCCAAAAUCGAACGACACCCCCGGGUCCUACGACCUAUCACCAAAAAAAAACCACACAUUUUUUUUUUUUUUUUUAAUUUGCAAGAAGAAGACCAUGUCGUGUGGCACGUACAGUACAACUCAUAGGCAGUACGAUCACAAGUGCCUAGAUAUAAAUACAACACACCACACACACA